UCUGUUGUACAGUGUUAGUCUGUGCAAGAACUAAGAAACUGAAAAAAUUAUCAACAAGCAAACUAUCUUAAAAUUCUUAUUUUUCUGAAAUAUCUGCAGAUAUUUGUAAUUAGUGCAAUCUGCAUACUUAUUAAAGCCUUGGCUAGAAACAUAUAUAUUUUUUUGUUAAAACACACGUGUUCUUCAUUCCUAAUAUCCAGUUAUUGUUAAAAGUGGAAGAUGUCGUCGUACAAGCCAAUAGAUUCCAAACGGGAAGAAUUUCGCCGAUAUUUAGAAAGAGCUGGUGUUAUGGAUGCUUUGACAAAGGUUCUAGUAAGCCUUUAUGAAGAACCAGAUAAACCAGAAGAUGCUUUGGAAUAUGUGAGAAAGCAUUUAGGAACAGAUGGUGGAGAUGACGAAUUAGAGGCUGCCAGAGCUCGUAUUGCAGAGUUAGAAGCAGAGAAUGCACUUCUUAAAGGCGAAGCUGCUCCAACAGAAGGCUGAGAAGUCUAAGCAAAGACAUAUUAUAAUAAGUUAUUGAUCUCAAUAUUUCUUGGUCUCGAAUUGUUAAUAUUGCAAAUAUUGUUUCAAGUUACCAUGAGUAUGUUAUGUUGAUUGUGUGCAAUGGGCACCUUUUUGUUUCAAAGGAUUUUAAAAAUAAAUAAGUUUAAUUA